AUGUCUGGUACUAUCUUAGGGAACGAAUCAGAGACUAGACCAUUAUUGUCACCCAAUGGACCGGCAGCUGAUUUUUCUACUCAUCCAAGACGUCAAGAAUCGGAAAGUGAAUCAAGUGAAAGUACGGUAACGAAAAAGCCCACAAAAAUCACACCGUUACCUAAAGUUCAAUUGUUCAUAGCAUGUUUCGUUAGAGUGACGGAACCGAUUGCUUUUAUGGCUUGUUUCCCUUUUAUAAAUCAAAUGAUAUUGGAAUUAGGAAUAGUAGAUGAUCCGAAGAAGACUGGGUUUUAUGCUGGUUUGAUCGAAUCGGUUUUCGCUGUAGCAGAACUUCUGACUGUCUUUCAAUGGGGUAAAGCAAGUGAUCACUGGGGUAGAAAACCUGUCUUGCUCAUUGGAUGUGCCGGUGCUACCAUCUCCUCGGUGUUGUUUGGAUUCUCCACUACUUUCCCAGCUAUGGUCCUGACAAGAGCAAUCAACGGUCUGGCUAAUGGUAAUGUCGCCGUACUGAAGAGUGUCAUAUCUGAACUUUCAGAUGAAACCAAUCAAUCCAUUGCAUUCUCGUUCUUCCCCCUAUCUAUGGCGAUAGGAACUAUUCUCGCUUCUUCUAUAGGAGGAUACUUCCCUCAUUUCGCCAAUCGUUUCCCAUCCGUCGGCGACGCAUUCCCCGUCAUUCGAAAAUAUCCAUAUAUGUUACCAUCUUUGGUAGCGGCCGUCUUUCCCUUUUCAAGUGGUAUCGUAGCUUCGCUAUUCAUGAAAGAGACUUUACCUACUAAGAAAGUGGUCGUUCCAAAGAGAGUAUCAACAUAUCGAUCAAUUAACGAUGAAGACGACAGUGAAAUGCAAGAUACUGAAGAAGAUGAGAACGAUGGACCUGCAGUUGGAUUCCGUGGAUUAUUAACACCAGAUAUCAAUAAAUUGAUGGGAUCAUUUGGAUUAUUGCAAUUACAAGGUAUCUGUUUUGGUUGUUUAUUACCUUUAUUCUGUUUUACACCUACAUCAGCAGGUGGAUUAGGGUUCAAUGAAUCACAAAUAGGUUUAGCAAUGUCAAUCAGAGGUUUCGCGACUAUCAUAGUUCAAUUAUUAGCGUUUCCUUUCCUUCAAAAAAGAGUAGGAACAGUUAGAUUAUAUAAAUUUUUGGUAUUCUUGUUCAUACCUGCUUUUGCUUUUUUACCAAUCACAAAUGUGUUCGCAUUAAGAGGUCAAUCAUGGGCUGUUUGGACUGGUUUAGCGGUCAGUUUAUCUACCUAUAGUAUCGGUAACAUGGCUUUUGCAUGUAAUUUGAUUAUGGUAAAUGACGCCGCACCUAAUCGGCAAUCGCUAGGAGCUAUCAAUGGCCUCUCACAAGCCGUUUCGUCUCUCAUGAGAGCUAUCGGUCCAGGAUCAGCUUCGGCCAUAUUCGCGUUAUCAGUAGAUCGUCAAUUGAUACAUGGUCACCUGAUCUGGAUUUUACUGGUCGGUUUGUCGGUGAUCAGUGUCGUUGCAGCUAUGGUCUUGAAGAACGAUUAUAAGAAGAAGUAA